CCCCGCCCCGCCCCAUCCGCCGUCCCUAGGCUUGCUGUCCAGCUCCGCCCGCGCUCGGGAGCGCUGGCUGUGCCGGCGCCGAGAAAUUGACCAAUUUGGACAACAUGUAGUGUUGCAUUGUGCCUGAUGGGAUAUGAUCAAUCAUGGCAUCCGAACUUUGUAAGACGAUCACUGUGGCAAGGCUUGAAAAGCACAAGAAUUUGUUCUUAAAUUAUAGGAAUCUGCACCAUUUUCCAUUGGAGUUACUGAAAGAUGAAGGACUGCAGUACUUGGAGAGACUCUAUAUGAAAAGGAACUCCCUUACCACCUUGCCAGAAAACCUUGCUCAGAAGCUUCCAAACCUUGUGGAACUGUACCUUCACUCAAAUAACAUAGUAGUGGUUCCAGAAGCUAUUGGGUCCCUUGUAAAACUCCAGUAUCUGGAUCUUAGUGACAAUGCCUUAGAAAUUGUUUGCCCAGAAAUUGGUCGUCUGAGAGCUUUACGUCAUCUUCGAUUAGCUAAUAAUCAACUGCAAUUCCUACCUCCAGAGGUUGGCGAUUUGAAGGAGCUGCAGACACUAGACAUUUCUACCAAUCGUUUGCUAACUUUACCCGAGCGGCUUCAUCUGUGCCUUUCUCUGCAGUACCUCACUGUGGACCGAAAUCGUCUAUGGUAUGUGCCGCGCCAUCUCUGCCAGCUGCCCAGCCUCAAUGAACUCUCCAUGGCUGGAAAUCGUCUUGCAUUUUUGCCACUUGAUUUAGGUCGAUCUCGAGAACUGCAAUACGUAUAUGUGGAUAACAACAUUCACCUGAAGGGCUUGCCAUCUUACCUGUACAAUAAAGUCAUCGGGUGCAGUGGCUGCGGAGCCCCCAUCCAAGUGUCUGAGGUAAAGCUGCUCUCCUUUUCAUCGGGGCAGCUGACUGUCUUCCUCCCAGCUGAGGUGAAGGCCAUAGGGACAGAGAAUGAUCACGUCCUGCCUCUGCAAGAGCUGGCCAUGAGAAGUCUGUAUCAUGCCCACCACAGAUUUCUAAAAGAUCUGAACUUUUUGUCUCCAAUCUCAUUACCCAGAAGUCUCCUGGAGCUGCUGCACUGCCCCCUGGGGCACUGUCACCGGUGUAGUGAGCCCAUGUUUACCAUCGUCUACCCCAAGCUUUUUCCCUUGAGAGAGACGCCGAUGGCAGGGCUGCACCAGGGGAGGACAACUGUUAGUUUUGUGGCUUACUGCUGCUCCACCCAGUGUCUGCAGACUUUUGACCUGCUGAGUUGAUAAACACUCAAGAGCCUCAGGAGCACUGCCAGCUUGACACCAAGGCCGCCUCUGAGUCGCACACUGUGUGCGGCAGGGCUUGGAUAGUCCAGCCAGGGCAGAACAGGCCCUUCCAUCCUGUCCUGUCUCAUGCGGGGGCAUGCAGAACUCUCUGGAAAUGUCAUAUUGAGCUGCACAGCUAAAACGCCUUCACCCUUCCCCCAAGUUGGAAUAUAUCCUCCCCCAAAUUAAGGACA